CGCUUCAUUCACCAACGAAGAAGAAGCGGAGUGGCGGAAGAAGUCGUUGCUAGCAUCUCAGUCUGUCUUAUGUGUCCUUUUUCGGGCGUUUAAAAUGAACAACCUGAAUAAACCUCAGGAGUUUGACUCGUAUGAGAUCGAGGAGCCGAGCGACGAGGAACGAGCGGAGAGCAGCUCAGAGGACGAGCUUGAUGUGCUGCUGAACGGGACUCCGGAGCAGAAGAAGAAGCUGAUCAGAGAGUAUCUGACGGGGGAGAGCGAGUCCUCCAGCGGGGAUGAGUUUGAGAAGGAGAUGGAGGCGGAGCUUAGCUCCACCAUUAAGACCAUUGAGGGAACCUGGGGACCAACAUCAGGAGCGGAAAACCCAGGAGGCCAGGGAGGCGGCGGCGGUGCAGUGGGCGGCAGCGCAGGUCCUGUAGUCUCUAACCCUCAAAUGUAUGAUGAGGUGUAUUUCGACUCUGACUCAGAGGAGGAGGACACAGCAAGCAGCUCCACAGGCCGGAGGCGGAGGCAGCGGACCAUACAGACCAAUGAUGAGCUGCUGUAUGACCCUGACGAGGACGACAGGGACCAGGCCUGGGUGGACGCCAGGAGGAGAGGGUACAACAGGAAACGACCAGCUGCAGGGUCUCAUCAACGGGGUCAGGGUUUACCCAGCAGCGACGCCAUUCUCAAUUGUCCCGCCUGCAUGACGACGCUCUGCCUGGACUGUCAGAGGCACGACAAGUACCGCACACAGUAUCGAGCCAUGUUCGUCAUGAACUGUAAGGUGAAGAGAGACGAGGUGUUACGUUUUAAAACCCAGCCGGAGAAGAAGCAGAGGAACAGGAAGAGGAGGCGGGGACAGAAAACAGAGACACCACUGGACGGGAGACCGGAGCCAACGCCGGAGGGAAUGGACGCUGAUGAGGUUUAUAACCCGGUUCAGUGCUCCGAGUGCUCCACGGAGGUCGCCGUGUUCGAUAAAGACGAGGUCUAUCACUUCUUCAACAUCCUGGCCAGCCACUGCUGACUCACGAGUAGAGAUGUUUUUAGUACCUGGGGGUUUCCCUGAUUUUUCACCUCCCAGCAGCGCUCAGAUUCUUCCUGACUGAGGGGGAAGAAUCCAGCUGGGGUUUCUCCAUCGUCCAGAAUCGGAUCAUAAACUCUGAAAGUCGAUCACACAGAUGGUCACUUAACGUUCCUGGAGAGGAGUCAACGCCCUCUGCAGUGAAAAUGUUGCAGGUCCUCGUGUUACAGGACUUCAAACAUCAGAGCUUUAUGCUCUUGAUUGAUAUUAACAUCUGAACAUAAAUAAAGCUGGGUGAAGCUUUAAACGUGUUGAUACUAUUCUAUAACUUUAAAUCAGGACAUAAACAUGUUUCAAAGGGUUUAUUAUUCAACACUACUAAAGGAUAAAACUAUUUGACAUGAAAUAUAACAGAGAAAAUAAAUCUCAGGGUCAUUUAGAAACGGUCCCUUCACAUAUAGUAGUUUGUCCCGCAGGGUGCGUCUGACUAAAAACACCCUAGCAUCACAGCCGAGCAGACGCAGGUUCACACGAGAGAAUAACAAGACGAUAAGGCCGUCACACAAUUAAUUUUUUUUCAAUCGUGAUUCAUCAAAUUCUUAAUCGCAUGUUUGAAAUUCCAUUAUUUUGCAUUUAAAAACAGUUUUGUGUGGCUUUUAUUUUGAAAGUUUUUACUAUCUUUAACUGAGAAUACUUAACUCGCUAUGUGCUUUUAUUUUGAAAUAAAGUAAGGCCCCUCUGGUAGAUUGAAGGUUAGGACAGGAAGUUAAGCACAGGAAGUGGUUAGGUAUCCCAAACUGAGGUCAAACAGCUCAAAGGAACGGUAACAAAGGUCAAUGUGUGAUGUCAUAAGGUGGAUAUUAUUUUGGACUCGUCAGCUGAGCUGUCUGAGAGUUUGUUAAAGUGAAAUGAGACAUUCAAAGAUGCAGCCGUUUUUAAUAUGAAAUUAGCCCUCUGAGUUCUAAACUCCACAUGUCCAUUUCCUGUCCUUCAUUUGCAGCUGUUUUAGUAGUUGGUGAUUUGUUGUUCCCUGCUUUCAGUUUAAUGCUUUGUUUACAAAACCUCACAUCAGUCAGGCUUCAGUUUAUCUGACGCUGUAAAGGAAUAGUCAGCAGAUAGAACAGUCUGUUAAUGCAGCCGUCCACAACAGCAACUCUUCUCUCGGCUGUACUUAAAGGUUGACGUGUUUAACAAGGUUAUUGUUUCUAAAGACUACUUAAAUAACCAACUAGAAUAUGAUCAUACCUGCUUACAAUCACAUUGCAGAGUACGUGUUUGUGUUCAAAAGAAACACUCGUUACUUUUUAUGACUGCUUCCAUUUAUUUUUUUACCAAGAUGUGAACAAGUGAUAUUUUACAGUUUUAAAUAAACACGUCAUUGAAUUUA